AUGCGCGCCAUCUCCACCACUGCUUCGAGCAAGCUCCAGCACUCGCAGUCAAUCACCAAUCCUAACAUUAAGGUGACGCACUUCGAGGACGGCAAGCGUGUCCAGGAGAACGUGGAAGUCGAUGUCGGCGCCGCCGCUCCGAUCGUCGCAGCUGAUGUACCGUACAUCGCCUCUGGUCUGCAGGCCAAGGUCCGUGAGGCUCUGCCCACUACCAUCAAGAACUUCACCCUCGCCGGCAAGACUGCGAUCGUCUCCGGUGGUGCUCGUGGACUCGGCCUGAACAUGGCGCAGGCUCUGGCUGAGGCUGGAGUCGACAACAUCGCACUCAUCGAUGUCAACGAGGAGGCUGGAGUCAAGGCCGCGCAAGAUCUCCAGGACCAGACCGGCGUGAAGGUGAUCUUCGUCAAGGUGGAUCUCCGCAACGAUGAAGACAUCCAGGCCGCUGUCACCCAGGUCGCUCAGACUUUCGGCGGCAUCAACGUGCUGGUCAACUCGGCUGGCAUCGCGGAGUCGAACAUUCCCGCCGAGCUCUACGACGGCCAGGCAUUCCGCAAGACGAUCGAUGUCAACCUCAUCGGCUGCUUCGUGCUCAACCAGGCCGUGGCACGCGAGAUGAUCAAGGGAGGAGAGGGCGGAUCCAUCGUCAACAUCGCGUCGAUGUCGGGCACGAUUGUCAACUACCCCCAGCCCCAGUGCGCGUACAAUGCAUCCAAGGCCGCCGUCAUCAUGCUCACCAAGUGCCUCGCGGCUGAGUGGGCCCCGCAUGCCAUUCGCGUCAACACCAUCAGCCCUGGAUACAUGGAUACAGCCCUCAACCGCGUUCCCGCGCUCGAUGCACAAAAGAAGAUCUGGGUCGCCCAGACUCCCCAAAAGCGCCUCGGAGCGGUGUCUGACCUCAACGGCUUGGCAGUUUACCUCGCCUCGGACGCCUCCGCAUACAUGACGGGCAGCGACUCGAUCAUCGACGGCGGAUAUACCGUUUGGUAAACCAUCCACCAGUCUUCACACAUCACACUCACGACCUUUCCUCUGUCUCAUGCAUCAAGGG